AUGACAACAGCCUUAGCCAAACCACCCCCUUUGGCAAAGGCUACUACCUUGAUUUACUGGGCGUAUGAGGUGCUGUCUCUUGCUACUCCGGAUCAGAGAAAGAUUUUGGAUGAAAAUUAUGGUGUGAAACCCACUCGAGAGGAGACAGAAUUUGCAAAGAAGAUAGCAGAAGGAAAGAAUGGGGAGGAGCAAGGGUACCUUGGAGAAGCUGAGCGGCGGGUCAAAGCUGUCUUCGAAGAAAUCGGACUACGGGAAAUUUACGCGGAAUAUGAAAAGAACGCAUACAAGAAACUGACUGGGAUGAUUGAUCAGAUCGAUGAAGGGACGUCUGUUGGUUUGAAAAAAGAAGUUUUCAAGAGUUUCUUGGACAAAAUUCACCACAGGCAGAAGUAA